AUGGCAUUACUGAAGCUCAUAAAAACUGACAGGGUCUUGGGCGCCACCAUCUUGGUUCCGGGAUCCUGGCUGCGCGUCUGGUUCUGGUUCUUAUGGAAGUGGCGGCGGCGGUAUCGGUCCUGCGACAUCCCUGUGCCGGAGCUCCACGGGGACCCGCGACAGCCGGGACAGCCAUGCUGUGAUUGCACGGGCCUCUACGUGCCUAGGAGACCUAUGAAAAUGAACACCCUUGGGGGGUUGGUGUCAUUUGAGGAUGUGUCUGUGGACUUCUCGUGGGAGGAGUGGCAGGACCUUGAUGAUGCUCAGAGGAAGCUCUACAGGGAUGUGAUGCUGGAGACCUACAGCAGCCUACUGUCCCUGGAUCAGUGCAGUACCAAACCUGAGUUGAUCCUGAAGUUGGAACAAGGAGGUGGACCAUGGACAGAAGAUGCCCCAAUCCAAGGCCUACCAGAUUUGCUGCAUGCGAAGGACCUUAAGGACACCAGCCAGGGAGAUCAACAGAGACAUGUAUACUAUCUGGUAAUCACCAACAGCAACUUAUCAGCUGAGAAGAGGGUGGAUUCACGAAAAAUAUUUAAUACAAACUCAAGCCAUGUUUCCAGUCCAACUGUAAAGAAUGGGACUACUUCCAAAAUGAGAGUUAAUGAGUUGCAGGAUGUAGAAGAACUUGAUCUUUUUAAUAUAAUUGGGAUGCCCCCCCAAAAUCCUGAACCUUUUAGUUUGUUCUGUAAGGUUGAAAGUGGAAAACAACACGUUCAGUAUUGUAAAUACCGUGAAGCCUUCAGAAAAUUCAGUGGAUAUGGGAAAGCCUGUUAUAAUUCGUCUCCUGGUACUGAAGAGAUGACUCAAGUAAGUGAGGAAACUUUUGAAUGUAGUAUGUGCGGGAAAUCGUUCUAUGAGAAGUGUAACCUAACUCAACAUUUAAGAACACACAAUGAAAAGAAAUAUUUUAAAGAUACUGAAUGUGAGUCAACAUUGAUCGCAAAAUCAGACUUAACAAAACUUCAGAGCACACGUGUAUGUAAAAGUCUUUGUGGAUGUAAUAAAAAUAAGAAAUGCAGUGUUCAUCACAGUGUCUUCACAGGCUUACAAAGUAAUGUGUGUGAGAAAUGCUUUUGCUCAAACUCAAAUUGCAGUUUGCAUCAGAAGCCACCUACAGAUGAAAAACCUGAUGAAUACAAUGUAUCUUCAGAAGCCAUUAAAAAGUCAAAUCAAAAGCUUCAGAGACCUUCUAAAUGUGAGAAAACCUAUGAAUGCAAUGUAUGUGGAAAAAUCUUUAAGCAUACCCAAAAUCUCUAUGCACAUCAGAGAACUCACACUGGCGAGAAGCCUUUUGAAUGUAAAGAAUGUAAGAAAUCAUUCAGCGUGAAGUCAAAUCUCAUUGUACAUCAGAGGACUCACACAAGUGAAAAGCCCUAUGACUGUACUGUAUGUGGGAAAGCCUUUAAACAAAGGUCCCACCUAAAUGUACAUGAGAGAAUUCACACAGGUGAGAAACCCUAUGAAUGUAAAGAAUGUAGGAAAUUUUUCAGUCUGAAGUCAGUUCUCAUUGUUCAUCAGAGAAUUCACACAGGUGAAAAACCUUAUGAGUGUAGUAUUUGUGGAAAAAGUUUUAAGCAGAGGUCAAACCUAUAUACCCAUGAGAGAAUUCAUACAGGUGAGAAACCUUAUGAAUGUAAGGAAUGUCAGAAAUCAUUUUGUGUCAAGUCAUAUCUCACUAUACAUCAGAAAACUCACUCACGUGAGAAACUAUGAAUGAAAUGUAUGUUGCAAAAAGCCUUGUGUCCAAUAGUAAAAUAACACAAAUACCAGCUCACAAAAAUGAGAGACUCUGUGAAUGUAAACAAAAUAGGAUGUUUUAUAGCAGUUUUUCAUCUGUCAUAUAUAUCAGAGAAUUCAGAGCUGAGAAGCUCUGACUAAUUUAUACUCUAAAGCCUGCUGUGUAUCAGAGAACUCACAUGUGAUAAAUCCUUUGAGCAUUAAUGAAUAGAGAAGGAUUCAUCCAAAAAUCAUCUUGUAUGUGUGUUUGUGUAUGUAGACUUUAACCAGAAUGACCUGGAAGUCACUGUGACCUUAUGUCAGCCUUCUGAA